AUGCACAGCAGGUGGAAUGGGUAUGAAGAAAGUAGUCUUUUGGGCUGCGGUGUUUAUCCGCUUCGCCGCACGUCACGGCUCACUCCACCCGGCCCUGCACCGCGGAUGGAUGAAAUGAUUGAGGAGGGCGAAGAGGAGCCACAAGACAUUGUUGACGAGGCAUUUUACUUUUUUAAGCCCCACAUGUUUUUUCGUAAUUUUCCCAUUAAGGGUGCUGGUGAUCGUGUCAUUCUGUACUUGACGAUGUACCUUCAUGAGUGUUUGAAGAAAAUUGUCCAGUUGAAGCGUGAAGAGGCCCAUUCUGUGCUUCUUAACUACGCUACGAUGCCGUUUGCAUCACCAGGGGAAAAGGACUUUCCGUUUAACGCGUUUUUCCCUGCUGGGAAUGAGGAGGAACAAGAAAAAUGGCGAGAGUAUGCAAAACAGCUUCGAUUGGAGGCCAACGCACGUCUCAUUGAGAAGGUUUUUCUUUUUCCAGAGAAGGACGGCACCGGAAACAAGUUCUGGAUGGCGUUUGCGAAGAGGCCUUUCUUGGCUUCUAGUUAG